AAAAGGAAGCUCUUGCGUUCUGUCGUAAGCAUACCUUUCUCGGCCUUUUGGCUAAGAUCAAGUGUAGUAUCUGUUCUUAUCAGUUUAAUAUCUGAUACGUGGGCCAAUGGCCCACACGAUAUUAAAUUAAUUUUUAUAGGGGGAGAAAGCCCACUACGUUGCAGUAUUGCUUGGGCCUGGCGCACCCCACCAAUUAUAGUCCAGUUUCUUUAUUUCAUCUGA